AUGACGGCUGCCUCCUCUCUCAGGUCUUCCUCGACCCCAGCCUGCCCUCGUCACCACCUCUUCAUCUCAGUGCCUCUGGGAUUCAAGCACCUGCACCCGAACCCCGCUGCUCCGCACGAGCCUCCCGCUUGGGGAGCCAGCCUCUUAGACUGGAGCGGGAACGAGAUUGAAACACCCAGCGCGCGUAGGGACCGGCACGUCGGACUCGCAGCCCGAUCUGCGCGCGCCGACAGCAAGACGGCUUUUAUCGGCCCGGCCCAGAGACUUCCCGCGAGCGAGCCCGGGCAGCUCACUCCCGCAGGGGAUGCGCUGGCCCGCCUUUUCCCGCCCCCUCCGGCUCCGAAUCUGCUGCGUCACAAUGGUGCGAUCUCCGGAUUGGCUGCCGUCAGCCGUCAUGCUCCAGCUACGCCACUUCCUUUCCGCGGCGCUAUAAAAGCUACUGCACGGCUCCUGCAUCCCUUCGCCCCUCCGAACUGGAAAUGCAACUCUUGGGAGCUUCGGAGGCUGCGGAGCUGGACGCGGAGGCGGCUGGGGAAGUCCGAGCGAUGUGACCAGGCCGCCGUCGCUCGUCUCUUCCUCUCGCCUGCCGCCUCCCGUCGUCCGGGCCGGCCGCGUUCGGGUCCCGCCGCGGGAGCGGGACAGGCGCGCCUGGCUGCCGAUAACGGCGGGUCCCGGCGUGAGCUUGGGGUCUGGGCCGAGGGCGCCCCCUGCCCCCACGGCUGCCCCACCGAGGGGAGGAGGAAACAGGCUCACAACAAAGAAACUACAGCCACCGAGGCUGGAGCUGCGGUCCUCGGACCGUCCGCGGAUUUGGGGACAAAGGAGCUGCGGAGCUGGGAACAUUAUAAACAUCACUGGUUCCCAGAAAAGCCGUGCAAGGGAUCAGGUUACCGUUGUAUUCGCAUCAACCAUAAAAUGGAUCCUCUGAUUGGACAGGCGGCACAGCGGAUUGGACUGAGCAGUCAGGAGCUGUUCAGGCUUCUCCCAAGUGAACUCACACUCUGGGUCGACCCCUACGAAGUGUCCUACAGAAUUGGAGAGGACGGCUCCAUCUGUGUGCUGUACGAAGCCUCACCAGCAGGAGGUAGCACUCAAAACAGCAGCAGCGUGCAAAUGGUAGACAGCAGAAUCAGCUGUAAGGAGGAACUUCUCUUGGGCAGAACAAGCCCUUCCAAAAACUACAAUAUGAUGACUGUAUCAGGUUAAGAUAUAGUCUAUGGAUGGAUCCUCUUAUAAUGGAUGGAUAAAUUUGAUUUUUGCUUUGGGUGGGCUUCUCUUGGGGAUGGAUCAUGGAAUUUAAACCAUGUCACAGCUGUGAAGAUCUGGCACAAGAUAGAAUGGUAAAAAAAAAAAAAUUUUUUUUAAAGUGACAGUGCCAUAGUUUGGACAGUACCUUUCAAUGACUUAAUAGCCUGUGAGUCCAAGUAAAUGAUCACUAUUUGCUAGGGAGUGAAGUCCAAGGGUGGUUUCAGUUUCUCCCAGAUGUUAAAACUUAAAAUUUGUCCAAUCAACCCCUUUACGGCAAAUCUGUAUUUCAAAGAACCUUUCUGUGCAGUAGAUCUUGCGGAGGAAAUUUGCACUAUUACACUUGAAAAUGGUGAACCCUUUUGGCAGCUCAAAAUAGGAAAGCUCCACAUUUUAAACAUGGUAGUACUGGAAAUUUUGACAAGACUUUUACCUAGCACUUAAAUUUGUAUAAAUGUACAUAAGACAAACCUAGUAAGCAUGACCUGGGGAAAUGGUCAGACCUUGUAUUGUGUUUUUGGCCUUGAGAGUAGCAAGUGACCAGAAUCUGCCAUGGCAACAGGCUUUAAAAAGACCCUUAAAAAGACACUGUCUCAACUGUGGUGUUAGCACCAGCCAGCUCUCUGUACAUUUGCUAGCUUGUAGUUUUCUAAGACUGAGUAAACUUCUUAUUUUUAGAAAGUGGAGGUCUGGUUUGUAACUUUCCUUGUACUUAAUUGGGUAAAAGUCUUUUCCACAAACCACCAUCUAUUUUGUGAACUUUGUUAGUCAUCUUUUAUUUGGUAAAUUAUGAACUGGUGUAAAUUUGUACAGUUCAUGUAUAUUGAUUGUGGCAAAGUUGUACAGAUUUCUAUAUUUUGGAUGAGAAAUUUUUCUUCUCUCUAUAAUAAAUUGUUUCUUAUCUUGGCAUUUUAA